UAUUUUCCGCGUGUACUUUAUACACACGUAUAUCUCUAUAAAACCCUAAUAUAUAAGCGCAUCAUCUUCUCCCCUGCGGAAACCUAGCUUUCCGAUAGCAGCUGUUCGUCUGGGUCGGAGUAGCGAUUAGGUAGAGGGCUCUGCAAUGGCUCCAAAAGCUGACAGCACCAAGAAGGCCGACCCUAAGGCUCAAGCCUUGAAAACUGCCAAGGCAGUAAAAUCGGGCCCAACGUUUAAGAAGAAAGCCAAGAAGAUCAGGACAUCUGUCACAUUUCACCGUCCAAAAACCUUGAAGAAGGAAAGAAAUCCUAAGUAUCCACGCAUCAGUGUUACACCAUGGAACAAAUUGGACCAGUAUCAGAUUCUUAAAUACCCUUUGACUACUGAGUCUGCAAUGAAGAAGAUCGAGGAUAAUAAUACUUUGGUUUUCAUUGUGGACAUUCGUGCUGAUAAGAAAAAGAUCAAGGAUGCCGUGAAAAAAAUGUAUGACAUCCAGACCAAGAAAGUGAACACAUUGAUCAGGCCUGAUGGAACCAAGAAGGCAUAUGUCCGGCUGACUCCAGAUUACGAUGCUUUGGAUGUUGCAAACAAGAUUGGAAUCAUCUAAGAUACAAACAUUUGUUUUUAUUUGAGAAAAUUGAUUUAUCUUUUUGCAAUGACAAUUUUGAUUUAUGGAAUGACCUCUAUUUUCUCCAGCAAAUUGGUAUGAUGUUUUUUACUAAGCUGCUGCAACGUUGUUGACUUGUGAAUGGUAGGAUUUGUGCUUGAAUA